AUCGCUCACAGCUGAUGCAGUUCGCGCCAGAAAUUUUUGUUUGUGAUUUAACGCUCUGCACGACUUAAAAUAAAUUUGAAGAUUUAUAAGUGAAAUGACUACGCUAAUAGAACAAUUGAUCACCAAAAUGGGCCUGCGGGAGGAGCCCAACGUGAUUGAGAAAACCACCGAGUUGGUGCGUCUGCUGGAACUGCGCUCCACAAAUGUCCCUCUGCAGAUCAAUGAGUACGGGAAGAUAGUCCUGUGUGCGGACUUGGCUUCCUGCCUGCUGGGCAUCGGGUUCGACAAGGAGCAGGCCCUCAAGUUGUCCGGGCUGCGCAAGAGUCACUACCUCAACAACAAACGGAUGUUCGAGAAGCUGCUGGAUCUGAACAAGCUGGCCAGCGUGAACGACAUCUGCGUGCAGCUGAGCCUCAAUGAGGUGGCCCGCAAGGCGGAGGAGCUGAUGACCCUCUUUAGGGGCGUGGCGGCCACCGAGGACACCGGCACCGACACCACCCAUCCGCAGUACGCCGCCAUGGCGGUCUUCCAGGCCUGCCGCCUGCUCAAGAAGAAGGUCUCCAAGUCGAAGCUCAUGCCCUUCAGCAACCUGCGGCCCACGCAGUUCCAGCAGCUCGAGCACCAGUGGGAUCGCAUGAUAGCCAAGCACCACAAGGAGGUUCAAGUAUCAGCCACCUGCGAUCUGGAGGGCAAGCUCAAGCAAAGCCAGCAGGAGAACAUUAAGGGCCAGGAGGCCAAGAAGUUGCAGAAGCCUCAGGCGGAGGACUACGAAGUUUGGAAGGCGCGAAUGCUGGCCACUGCCCAGGCCAAGCUGAAAGAACUGGAAGCAUCCCGGCCGGAUAACCAGCUCCUUGAGGCUUAGACAUUUCUGUUUUUAGCUUUUAAACGUGUCAUGAGAAAACCAGUUUAAAAUUUUAAUAGUACUUAUUUAUUACACUCAACAAUAUGGUUAGUUGUAGGUAUAAGAUAAAAGAGCGUUACAAAUUAAAAUGGCCAAGAUUUUAA